AUGUGUGUGAAUUGCAGUAGCUGUACAUGCUGCGUGCGACAGCCAAAGGUGGCGUUACUUGUCUUGGUAGUUUGUGGCGGAGCAGCAACAUGGUGCACGUGGCUUGAGUUCGACAUUGAUCUGAACUUCCUGGACGUUUGGCAGACCACCUCCAAUGAAAGUAAUGACUCACUUGUCCCAUACUACAAGGGGGAGAACGGGACGCAGUGUCCAAUCGAACUUGCCAUACGCAGCCAGCAGACUUGCGAAGCUGCCGUGCAGGCCCUCGGCCUCUGCUCGCGACGCACAUGGAAGGGGUACACUUCCGAGAUCCAGUCCUUUUGCUCCUACAGAGACUCCUGUGAGAAACAGAGGAGCGGCAUUCAUUUCAAUGCUCAUGGUGGAGGUUCUCCACGAUCUGAUUUACAUCCAGUGUGUUGGCGAAUCACACCGAUCAAGGCACACCGAAACGAUCAUGCCGACAUCCGGAUUCCAGCACUUGUCGUAACAUUCGAUGGACACCGCGAAUUCCUGCAGAACAUGCUGGCGUCUUACACGGAGCACUGGCCUUUGCAUCCGUUUCAGUUUUAUGUUCCGUACAAUGGUGAAUUUCCUUCCGACAUGAUGCAGCUAUAUGGAGAUUUUGUCACUCUGGUGAAAACACCGGUGGCCAUAAACGAAACCGUUCUAAAUCUGCUGGAUGCCUGCGGGUGUUUGAACAAGAUUGUAUUCUUUGCCAUGGAUGAUUACUACAUCAGCUCCGUCUUCAACUACGAGAAGCUGGAACUUGCGAUGCUGUUUGUGCGGGCACAACUUGAAAAUCCUCGGCUGCUCAGCUUCACAAUUGCCUACACUGAGGGCCUCCACCCGAAUGGCACACCAAGCUUGCCGGUACUGGACACCUUCCUCUUUCCGGACACUCCGGAGGCAGCGAACAUCACAGACACUUCUGAACAGCCCGACCGAGUGCGGCUGGGGCGCCUGAGGAAAAGACCACCGACGAAUGUCAUGGUGUGGUCGCACAGCUUUUGGCGCGCAUCAUUUAUUCAUGACUUGUAUGUGCAAGGCUCCAAUAUAUCAGAAUGGUACCAUGUCACCCAUGGGGGACAAAUAGCAAAUCGUUGGGAUGAUUUGCUGACGACUGACGCAUUUAGGGACCUGAUCGAGCUUGGAUGGUGGGACAUCUUUCGACUCGCAGAGCCGGUGCUCCAGUUUCAGGAGUCCACACACGUCGGCAAAGUUGACCCACUAACUUUGGCAGAUUUAGAUCGCCGAGGGAUCAGCCUCUCAAGCAAGUUCCUUCCACCAAGCACUGUGGGAUCUGGCCGAUGGGGUGGAAAGUGGUGA